CCUGAUGACACGUGAACACGCACACACUCGGCGCUCAGAAUGACACAGCUCUGAUCGGAGGGAGGUGAUCUCUGAAAUUGCUCAGUGAGCACCACUAAUUUCCCUGAUUUACAUAUUGCUGUCAAUCACACCCAAUGGAUUCCAAUCAGAAAGCAAGUGGGGACGGACUGGCGGGGACACAGAAGGAGGCAGCGCUUCGGGCGCUCAUGCAGCAAACUGGAUACGAACUGCGGCAGGAGAACGGUCAACGACGGUACGGUGGCCCUCCGCCCAGCUGGGAUGGCCCCCCUCCAGAGAGGGGAAGCGAGAUCUUUGUGGGGAAACUGCCAAGAGAUCUUUUUGAAGAUGAACUGGUUCCACUAUGUGAGAAGUUUGGAAAGAUCUACGAGGUGAGGAUGAUGAUGGAUUUUAAUGGGAACAACAGAGGUUAUGCCUUUGUCACCUUCAGCAACAAACAGGAGGCUAGAGCAGCCAUGAAGCAGCUCAACAACUAUGAGAUCAGGAAUGGCCGCCUCCUCGGCGUCUGUGCCAGCGUUGAUAACUGCCGUCUGUUUGUUGGUGGGAUUCCCAAAACCAAGAAGCGGGAGGAGAUCCUGUCAGAAAUGAGAAAGGUUACUGAGGGUGUGGUUGAUGUCAUCGUGUAUCCCAGCGCUGCUGACAAAUCCAAGAACCGAGGCUUCGCUUUUGUUGAAUAUGAGAGCCACCGAUCAGCUGCCAUGGCCCGCCGAAAACUGCUGCCAGGUCGUAUCCAGCUGUGGGGUCACCCUAUCGCUGUGGACUGGGCAGAACCAGAGGUGGAGGUCGAUGAGGAUACCAUGGCAACAGUGAAGAUUCUGUAUGUGAGGAACCUGAUGCUGCAGACCACAGAGGAGACCAUAGAGAAGGAGUUCAACAGCCUUAAACCAGGUGCAGUGGAGCGAGUGAAGAAGAUCAGAGACUAUGCCUUCGUCCAUUUCAGUCAGAGAGAAGAUGCCAUCAAUGCCAUGAAAGCACUCAAUGGGAAGGUUGUGGACGGCUCUCCUAUCGAGGUAACUCUGGCCAAGCCGGUGGACAAGGACAGCUAUGUUCGUUACACCAGAGGGACGGGAGGGCGAGGAGGUUCUCUCCUGCAGACCGACUACACCACCUACACCCUGGGACAGAUGUACGACCCCUCUGCGGCAUACCUUGGCGCACCUGUGUUUUAUGCCCCCCAGGCCUACACAGCCAUACCAGCUCAGUUCCGCUUCCCAUCAGCCAAAACUCAUGUUGGAGGUCGAGGUCUGAUCAGGACGCCGUCUGUUAGAGAAAUUUACAUGACUGUACCUGUAGGGGCUGCGGGGGUGCGGGGACUGGGUGGGCGGGGAUACCUUGCCUACGCUGCUGGGGGCGGAGCUGUGGGAAGAGGUAGUGGUGGAGGUGCCACCUCCUACAGCCUGAAGGCAGACAAGCAGUCAGAGGAAAAGCUGUAUGACCUGCUGCCGGGAAUGGAGCUAACGCCGAUGACCCCAAACCUGAAGGCCACUGCCAUCAAAUCUGCACCACAGGUCCUGGAGGAGCUCUGUCAGAAAAAUAACUGGGGUCAGCCCGUCUAUCAGCUCCACUCAGCCAUCGGGCCAGACCAGAGACAACUCUUUCUCUACAAGAUCACCAUACCAGCUCUGGCAACUCAGUACCCCAAUGUCCAUCCCUUCACCCCUGCUAAGCUGUGUGCGGGCAUAGAAGAGGCUAAAAUCCACGCAGCCGAACACACACUGCAAACACUCGGCCUGCAGACGGAAGGUGCCACCGAUGCCAGCUGUGCUACUGCAGCUGCUGUGGCAGCAGUAGCCUUCCCAGGCUACACGCUGGCGAGUCCGACGUCUGCGGCGGUCGCCUCCCAGCUGAAGCAGGCUGUGUCUCUGGGUCAGGACCUCACCGCCUACACCACCUACGAGGGCUACCCUGCCUUUGCUGUGGCAGCUCGCCACACUGACGGAUAUGGUGUUUUCUAGAGCAGCGGUUUCAGAACAGGAAGAACACUCACAGGAUGCUUUGAUGCAUUUUUUUAAUUUCCUGUUUUAUGUGAAGGCACAAAGUGAAAUAUGAUUGGCUCAUUAUAGAUACCACUGCUUAGUUAACCCCCCCCCCCCCCAAAAAAAAGGAAAUCGUGUGAAAGCACCUUCAUGCUGCUGGUUUUACAGGGAGAUAAAACCACUGUGGUCAGAUUUACAAAGUGACAAGUCCAAAAUCUCCAGCACUCAGAGGUUUGAGUCUCUUCACAGGAAGUUGCUGCUGGAAAACAUCUCGGACUAGUCAGUUGCCCGGAAACAAAUUCCUCACCCGUCACCCCAUUUUUCUUUCUCCAUGCAUCGCUACCUGCUCUCCAGCCUUUGUUUAAUCUGAAUCAUGUACACGGAUUUUCACAGUUUAGGGAUUGAUUAGGCAGCCCAUGAUUGGCUGUGAUUGAUCAGUUUGAAUUAAUAUUUGGUUCAGUUUUCUUAUAGUGUGUUUACAAUAUUGAAAUAUGACUCAGUAAUUUUAUCCUGGGAUUUGUGGUUUUUUAGGAUGUCAUACACUAUCAGCUUUAUGGUUUGGGUUCACUUCAUUUUUUACUGAAACUUUUUGUGUUUUAAGAGAACAGAAAAAAGAUCUAAGAAAAAUUUUGUAUGUAGAGGAAUCGAGAUGAACAUUGUGUCACCCUAAAAAUCUGAGGCCAAUCUUUUAAAUUCUUUUUUCAUUUUUUUCCCAAGCAGCAUUUUUUUAAAAAAAAGCUUUGAUAUGAUUACCUGUGUCUGCUCUGAGAUACAAGGAUGAAGUAAUACUUCUGUACUCUGUGAUAUUUGGAUGAAAUCAACACGACAUUUGAACAAAACCUCAGCAAAAACACCUUCACCAGCCAGCUUUCCAUCCAAGUCAGGCACAAAUUUUAUUAGAUAUCAGAGAAAAUCACUAAAAGGAAAUUAAAGUCAGUUUUACUUAAUUGAUUUAGUUCACAUAUGGAGCCCUCUACAGUCAGAUGGUAGUAGCACAGCAGCACAGCAGUAUGUAUGUACUGGCAACUGCAUCAAUGGGUUGUUUAAACAAUGAAAUAGAUUUUGUCUUUGUAACACUCAUUUUUUCACAGACCAACUUAAAAGCACACAAAAGAAAAUGGCACACGGCUCUUAUUCCCUGCAGCUGACAGCGAGCAGGCUCUGUUGUCACGUAACCAAUACAAAAAGAGGACAUGAUUAAAAAGCUCAGGCUGUCAAAAUGAGCAGAAAUCAUAAUGACAUUUAAUGUCAUUAAUGUGUUAUUACAGGUAAAAUGGGUUCAGCUCAAUCUCCUGUCGUCAUUGGACGCUGAGGUCACAUGACUUCUGAACAUCAUCAUUCUUUCACUCUUUUACUUUAAGGUGCAAAUUGUUCCAUCUGUGGAAAAAAAAGUCUUGCGUUUGUAUUAAGUGAGCCAGAAAAACAUCUGGAUGGAUACUCGGCUGAUGCUGUGAUGAUCUUCUUUUCUCUGUUUCAUUUUUUUCAUAUUAUGUGUUUUAACCUUUCCUUCGUUAAUGACGUUUCUACAUGCAACAAAGUUCCAGCUUUAAUCUUCUGUCCACUAAAAUGGUGCCUUCGUAUAGCAGUUAGGCUUAGGUUUAGGCUUAGGCGAACACUUUAACUGAAGUUACUAAAGCUCUUUCAUUCCUUUUAACUGUUGCUACUAAUAAAACACAGGACUUUGUAGCUUUACUGGGAAAAAUCAUGCAAAUAAAUAUAUAGAUUAAAAUUAGUUUCUAGACUGAAAUGCUACUAUUUGAUUUGAAAGUGGUGAUUGACCUUUGAACUGUUAGGAUACUGUGAUGAUGUAGUUUCUUCCUAUGGUCAUGAAUGCUGAGUGAAAAGCAGCAGAUUUGUCCCAUUUCAUGUUCGCUUCUUAUAUUUUUAAAAUGUUUCAGGAGUUUGAAAAUCGAUGACCCUUGCUGCCAUCUGAGCUGUGAACAUGCCGAAGCAGAGACAGUAUUAAAGUGUGUGAAGCACUUAAAACUUAUUUUUAUACCAGGAGAGAGAAUGAAUAUCCAGCCACUGUUUGUACAGAUGUAUUUUACAGUCAUUUUACUGCAUUAAUUCACUCAGAAACUGAAAUAUGGGAAACUGAAUAAGUGCUUAUCUGUCAAGGUAAUUAUGGCUAUUCUGGAGGUUUUUCACAUCAUGAAAAGGAAACUGCUUUGAUAACUUGUUAAUUUUUAAUGAUCCAUAAUCAUUUCAAAAUAAAGAAAAUGAGAUCUGAAUAAA